AUGCACACUUCCGAAAACGACACUUCACGGAGUAAUUCCUCCGUGGUGUCUCGCCCUCGUCAAAGCAAAUGGCCAGCAAUUUCCAUGGACGAUGCACUCGCAUUCAUUGAAAAAGCUGACGUGCCUGUGACUGUGAAGCAUGUUCCAAUCGCGGUUGCUAAAGUUGGUGAGUCUUUGGAAUAAUA